AUGGAAGCAGUUUUAAUGCUGCACUUCCCUGACAGGAUCAUUUGAUAUGUCAUAUUUGGUAACGACUUUCGGGAUAACGGGGCAAAAAUGUGGAAUUCUUCACACAGCGCAGAAAUACGUUCACUACUAUGAUGGAGCACGUAGUUGUCCCUUGUCACGAGUAUUGGAUCUAGACUAUAGCGGAGCAAUGAGUAGAUAACUGGAGUCCUUCUGGGAUACAAGUUAAAACAAGCUUUAGCGGGAAGUUUGAUGUAAAGCGACCGUCGUUUUUAAACUUUGUUAGAGUGUAGAGUGUAGUGGAAGUCUGUUGGAAUAGAUCGAUUUUAAGCAGGUCUUCUCAGGAGCGCAGCUGAGAGAAAAGUUCCUUUCAGUGCUGAAAUGUCAGUGUGGGCACUGGCAACAAUUCAUGCCCUCUCCCGGCUCCCAGAGAUCAGCCAGACAGCAGCGAGGACCUGCGGGACCAAGUAAAACCGAGAAAUGGACUCUAAAACCGUCCUUGUUACUGGUGGAGCAGGGUUCAUCGGGUCACAUCUGAUCGUCGCUCUUGCUGUGAGGUAUCCAGGUUGGCGAAUUAUCAACGUGGACAAGUUAGAUUACUGCUCAAGUUUGAAGAACCUCAGACCUCUUGAGAAUGCAAAUACUUACAAAUUUAUCAAGGGAGACAUAUGCAACCAGUGCUUUAUAAAUCAUCUCUUCUCAACGGAAAACGUAGCAAUUGUUUUUCACUUUGCUGCUCAAACCCAUGUUGAAAAUUCUUUUUUGUGCCCGUCCAAGUUCAUGCACGUGAACUCAGAGGGCACGCGUGUGUUGCUGAGGGCGGCAUUUGAGGCUGGAGUUCAGAAGUUUAUCUACGUCAGCACAGACGAAGUGUAUGGAGACAGUCUAGAUAAGGCAUUUGAUGAACUUUGCCCAAUAAGGCCAACCAAUCCUUACUCCACAUCAAAAGCAGCAGCAGAGGGCAUUGUGAUGUCGUACUGGGAAAAGCACAAGUUUCCAGUAAUUAUUACAAGGAGCAACAAUGUGUAUGGACCACGGCAAUACCACGAGAAGGUCAUUCCAAGAUUUCUCCACCUUCUACGACAGGACCAAAAAUGCACCAUCCAGGGCACAGGCCUGCAGUCCCGUCACUUCCUGCACGUGGACGACGUGACGGAGGCGUUCCUGAGACUGAUGGAGAAAGGCACCCUGGGAGAGAUUUACAACAUUGGCACCAGCUUUGAGAUGCCCAUCAUUCAGCUGGCACGGGAACUCAUACGGACGGUGAAAAAUGCCUCAAAUGAGGAACUGGAUGAUUGGCUGAUGUUUGUGGAUGACAGGCCAGUUAACGACCUGAGGUACCCACUGGUCUCUGACAAGCUUCACAGACUGGGAUGGAAGCCAACGGUGACGUGGCAGGAAGGGAUCAGGAGAACCAUUCAGUGGUAUGAAGAAAACCCUGACUUUUGGCCAGUCUCAGGGAAAGAGCCCCAAAACCAGUCCCUGGCUGUGGAAAGUCGUUGUCAUGACGUUAUGGAAACCAAAGACACACUGCCAAUCAGUGCCUCUGACAGUUAAUCCACCAGACAGGAUCUGAUACCUCAGCGUCAAAGGAGAGGAUUUGACACACAUGGUUUAUCAUUAUGCUGUUGUGUAGGACAGAAUAGUAUGGUGAUUAUAAUAAUGAUUGUACAGAAAUAGAGAACAUAACAAAACUGCCAAUGAUUUAAA